UCUGUGUUUUUGAUUGAAGGUAUGUGUCUUUGAUUGAAGAUCUGUGUCUUUGAUUGAAGAUCUGUGUCUUUGAUUGAAGGUCUGUGCUUUGAUUGAAGAUCUGUGUCUUUGAUUGAAGGUCUGUGUCUUUGAUUUAAGGUCUGUGGUCUUCGAUUGAAGGUAUUUGUCUUUGAUUUAAAGGUAUGUGUCUUUGAAUGAUGGAGCUACAAUUAGGUGUUAGUGUGAGGAAUGAGCGAGAGAGAAAAUGAGAGAAAGUGUGUGUGUGUGUGUGAGUAUAGGACAGAGAGAGAGAGAGAGGGUGAGUGAGAGAAAGGGGUCGAGAAAAGCGCUCACCAAUCUUCUACACAGACAAGUGGGUGUGUGUCCGUGUUUCGACACAGAUAUGCCAAGUCCGCCGUUGUUCAUAAUGUGUUUACAUCCGGCUUUUGUGUUAAGGAUCUGCAUGCACAUCCCAUUUCAGUUGGCACUAUCUGAGACAACUGAGAUAAUAGUGCACGGCUAAAACAAAAGUUUUAUUGUGUAGCAGAUUGAAUAAUUGGAUUGUCGAUUUAGAUUUAAUGAGUGUUGAGUGAAUAGUGAGUGCUUUCCGUAUUUGUUUACAGUGUUCAUUUAUAUCGAAUCAAGACAGUUUCUAUCGAUUGUCAAUUUAUUAUAAGGUGUCGUUUUUUUUGUGUUUUCAUUUAGGAAGUGUUUUUUCAAAACAAAAUUAGUUUCAAAGUUUCAACGGAGGAGUUUUAAAGCGUCAUACGCCUAACAAACAAUACAACAGAGAACAAAGAGGGAUAGAUUGAGGACACAAUGGCCAAAGAUAGCCAUAGGUCUAAUGAUGCUGACCGUAAGUCUCUGCCCCAGGACGAGAGGAAAGAGGUCAUUGACUUGCUGACACGGAACGGCCUUCAUCCUGAAUCACAAGCUCAGAAACCAGCGCGGGAGAAUAUGCCUUUCAUUAUGGUUUUGUUAAAGCGACGUCUGCACAUUCUGCCCAUUAUUACAUUCAUUGUAAUCGUGGCUGGUUUCUUUACAUCUUACGGUAUAGCAGUCUACCACGGCCAUGCUGAGGCGGACUUUCCGUACAUUAGUACCUGUUUCUACAGCUACACAGCCAUAUACGCCCCUGAGCGCUGCAUUUUUAGCUUGAUCAUCAACCUGGGCGCCUUCUUGUUGGCGGCUAACAUUUACAUCAAAUACCUGGAGAUGAAAGUUGCAUACAGACGCAUCAACACCGUCUCCAGAGAUCGAAUUCUGAAUAAGAUUGCUCUGAUUACAGGCUUCAUCUCUGCAUUUGGACUGUCCAUGGUGGCCAACUUUCAGACUGUCGACGCUCGUGUAGGGCAUUACAUCGGUGCCGGCCUGACCUUUAUUGGAGGCAUCAUUUACUGCUGGAUGCAGACAGCGCUGUCCAUUCGCUACAGGAGAUGGUCUUGCAUUGCUGUCGGACAGCUGGUUAUGUCCUUAGUGCUCUCCUGCUCGCUGGUGAUAUUCUCAGUGAGCAAGGCUAUUUACAAAAUACAAGAAGCUCAAGGAGUUGGAACAAAAACAGAUAAGCUGCGUGUUGUCUAUCUGAUCUCCACAAUCUCAGAGUGGGUCACUGCCGUAUCCCUGGUGUCAUUUGUGCUGACAUUUUUCAAAGACUUCAGAGGUUUGAGCCUACACCUUCCGAAGAUAGAGUUCACAGACUACCAGAAAAUAGCCAAGGACUAUGUUGUAAGAGGCAAUGGACAGGCAGUGGCUCCAGUCAUGGUGUAAAGAUGAUGGUCAAGACUUUAUGGUUGAAAACUCUGUGGUCUCACGAACCACAUACAAACAUGAUCUGUGAUAUAUUUCAUUCAUGACGUCUAUAGUGUACGCACUAAUCAAGUGUACACACUAAUCAAGUGUACACACUAAUCAAGUGUACACAUAGCAACACACAGGUGACCUACUGUGCCAAGGGAUCAGAUUAUUUUAACAGCUGUGACCCUUAACCUUUUAGAAAUUUAUCAGCCUGAUAUUCUGGCUUGAUGACUGUUAUUGACUUCAAGUUUACAUCAAUCAGAAGGAACCACAUUUUCAUUUGUACUUUAUAAAUUUCUUAAGUAGAUAUGCGAGGUUUGAAAUAGGGUGCUAUAAGAACUGCUGUUUCACAAUUGUUAACUUGUAUUUCUAUAAGAUAUAACAAUGAAACCUAGAAACACCCGUAGAUCAUAAUCAUCUUCUUUAUUGAAGUAAUGUUUGUAUUAUAAGAAAUGGCAUUAUGACUUCUUUAUUAUUUUGAAAAAAAAAAAAGCAUUACCUUUCUGUGCAUUUAAAGUAAUGUAAAAAUUGUUUGUGUUUAUUUAAAUUAUUCAUUAUGUUUGUUUGGUUUGUACCAAAUUGCAUUAUUAGCCUACCACAUGAAAACCAUAAAACUACCACUUAGAACUAUAAACCUUGUUCAUUCAUCAUGACCACAAAAGUAACAAAGAGUCUGAAAUUAGAAGUCCCUCUGCUUGCCAAGCAGGGUAACCCCUGAACUUUAAACAUAUUUAGGUUGUGAUACCCUGGUCUAGACCAUGUUCUGUACUGUAGCUGUAAUCUAAAGCCUCUGAAACCACAACUGAAAAAAAAACAAUUUAGCAUACGAUUAAAUCCACCUGACAAGUAAUGUCAUUGUUUAUUUUUGUUAGUCAAGAUGUUAAACCACAGUUCAUACAGAAAAUUUAGCUUACAAUUUGUGAUUCCAACCUACCUGUUGAUUAACACAAUUUUCAUUUGUACUGGAAACUAUUAAGAUUUUAUUAAAUUAUGUAAUUUAUUGAAAAGACAGAGCUCUAAUACUCAAUCAGAACGUCACUUUUUGAGUUUUACUAUUUCAAAAUGUUCUGUAGCCAAAUAGCCAAACCUAGCUCUCUGUACUAAGUGAUGCCUUCACUUGUAGAGCUUCACUAUUCCUAAUUGUAGGCUACUUCUAGCUCAGCUUAGCUACAUAUACUAAUGGAAUCUUCACUUUAGGGACUUCAUUAUUUCAAUAAUAAUUAACAAUUGUAUUUCAAAUUCAGACCAUCUUUUGUAAAUUAAAAAUUAUUUUUUUUUUAAAUUAUUGAUGACAAUUGAGAAGAAAUUUGAAAUCAUUUUUUCAUGUGCAUAAUUAAAUAUGUAUGAAAUGAAAUGUGUAUAUAAUGAAAUGUGUAUGCUAUAAAAAAGGUGUAUAUUAUCGUAUAAAAGUCAUUGACAAAAUACAGCCAUUCACAUGUAAAUUUACAUGUCUGCCUGCAUACCAUACUGUCGUUUGGGUGGUCUUGAUGGUCCUGGGUUUAUAUCCUGCAUGAUGCUAUCCCCUGUCAUCCUGAAGGAGUUUCAGCCUAAGAAGUAGAUUAUCUUCAACUCUGUAGGAACAUUCGAAACAUGUAAAACAAACAAAGAUUUUACAAUAGGCAGAUGAGAGAUAGUGUUAGAUUUAGCUGAUGCUUCUUUGAAGCUGAAUCUCUUCACAAGCUCUGUGGGCAUUUCUCUCAGUAUUUUGCACACAAAAACAAAGAACAGAAAGGGGGGGGGGCAUAACUGGUGUCAGAAAAUAUUUAUUAAGAAUGUAGAUAGCAGCAGAACGAUUUUAGUUAUUUGAGUUUGUGUAGAAAAACAUUAGUUGAACCAGUGCUUGUUACAUAAUCUGUUUUAUGACUGCUACUUCAGAAAUAACCUGACUUCAGUGGGAUAUGAAAUCAUCAAAUUUUCUAAUUAGGGAUUAAUUGUGUUCAACAAAAUACUCUUUUUAUCAUGUUGCCUUUAAAAAUAUUUGUAUAAAUACAAUUUAAGCUUUAUGUUUAUAAUCUGCAACUGAUUGUUUUUCCAAGUUAAAACAGCUUUAUUUAAUAGAAGAUAAUUUGCUGAUUUCAAUAUCAAUAUUCAUGAUGAUUUGUAUAAUGCUGGUAAGCUUCAAACAGAUCUGCUUAUGUGUAUAUAUAUAUAUAUAUAUAUAUAUAUUUGACUUGAACAAUGAUAUUCAUUGUUUAUGAUCAAUCAGUCAUUUAAAUGUCUUUCUUGGUGACCUUAAACUUUUCAGUUUUAACCUUUUUUUUUUAUUUAAGUACAAUGACAUUUAUUUUUAGAAGAUAACAAUGAUUCAUAUAUAAAAAGAUUACAAUUUAUUUUUAUAGAUGUUGUUGUUUGCAAUAUACUAGCUUGACAUAUUAAUAAAGUAAGAUGAGAUGUUUUAUAAGUUAUUGGUUAUUUACUCAAUAUCUUGAAUAUUUAUACAGCAGUUAAUCAGGGCCAGAUUUAAGGGUGUGGAGGCAAUGGUGCAGGAUUUUUGUGGAGGUCCCUAAAGUAUUUUGAAAUACAAAAAAAAAUCCACUUAUUAAUAAUACUUCUAUAAAAAAAAAGAAUGGCAUAUCUUAAAAGAGAAAUGUGUCGUAAUUUUAAUUAAUCUUAAUUUCCUUCUUUAAAAAAAAUAUUUCAUAUACAUAUUUUAUUUUUAAAAAAUGUUUAUUUUUGAGUUUGUUGAGGGUAAUUUAAAGCCUUGUGUUGAGGCACAGACAUGAAUGUGAGCAUGCUACAAGCGGACAAUUUUUAACCACGAUAGUGAUGCCAAACUGGAUGGCUGCCUGGUCGUGCGGUUUGCACGCUGGACUGUCGUUCAGAUUUAUCGAUGGUCCCGGGUUCAAACCCUGCCCGCUCCCAUCCCCCGUCGUCCUGCUGGAGGUUUGGACUAGGAAGUAAUUAUCUUCAACUCUGAAGGAACAUCCGAAACAUGUAAAACAUUUUACAAACAUUUUUUUUUACAAACAAACAUAAUAUUUUAACUAUUUUAGGUAAAAAAUGCAAUUAUUGUUACUUUGGAGGCUCUAACAUGUGGAGCUCCCUCCCUUUGAUCUGGCCCUGUAGUUAAUGUAUAUUUUACAUGUUUCUUAGUUAUGUUUAGCUAAAAAUAAUAUAAAAAGGAAAAAAAACAUUAUAAUCUGAAUUAUUAUUUAUAUGAAACACUGGUGAUUAUAUUUCUUUUUGACUAAGUAUAUGUGUCUACAAAACAAUACUGAACCAUUUUGUAUUGGUGUCUCUAUUACUUAUUAUAUGGAUUUGUAUUUUACACUUUAGAAAUUGAACAGUUCUCUCUGAAAAAAGAACAAUUGACUUAAAAUUAGCCAACAAUUCUCUUAUGCUUUUUUAUGAAACCUAAUUAAAAAGCUUGCUUAUGGAUAUCUAUAAACAAUUAGCACCAGAUCACUGGCAUACAUGGAGUGAACAGAUCACCAACAUUUAUAAAUGAUGUGAAAUCUUGGUGACAAAUAAAUUUGCCAAAUAUAUAUUGAUGAUGUUCCGAUAUGUAUGUAUAUAAUUCAAGCCACAAAAAAAUGUCUCAGUUAUGAUCUUAAUGACGAAUAAAUCAGCUCAUCUAGAUCACUAAUAAAUCAGCCAGAAAAAGGCACUCAGAUCAAAUACAUUUUAAAAUUAUUCCUGUCAUAAUGAUGGUUAUGUAUUGAACUAAAUUUAUAUAUUUUAGUUAUAGAAGCAUGUCCUGACUAUGUAAGUGUAUGUCUGAUGGCCAUGUAUGUAUGAAUUAUCUCAAUGUGUUCUAUGUUCUUUGGUGCUAAGUCCAUAUUCUGUAGAAUAAUUAUUACAAUUUUUCAAAAUAUUCUUUAAAAUAUUUUCUAUAAAAACAUACAGGGCUUUAAAAACAAAUCAAAUAAAUCUACAUUAUUUUCUACAUUAUGGAAUUAAUUGAUGUGUUUAUUUUUCCACACAGUUCUGUAACAAAGACGCAUUACAUUAUGUGAAACUUGUUUUGUUUCUAAAUAUUUUUUUUUAAACAUGAAAAACUUUUGAAUUGCAAAUUUGUUUCAAUGUUUAUAAUUUCGCUGUAUUGUUUUGUAUGUUGUGAAUUCAUAUUACAGUUUAACUUUUCAACAAUAUCAACAAUCUAAUUUUUUUUUCAGUUUUCAAGCUUUGUUUAAAUUGCUUACUUUUUGACCGUUUUUAUUGAGAUUUUGUUACUUUUUCAAAAUUCUUAUUUUGAUGGUGUUGUUUUAUAUAUUUUUAAAAUGUUU